AUGUUUCGCAACUGGAUUUACGGCAGUAAGUCACUGCUUGAUGCUCAGACUGGUAAUGCCCAUGAGUGUGACCAUAUUCUUAUUCGCACACACUUGAAAGCUUACCUAUCAUCCGCCCCCAAAAAGCCAUGCGCUAGACGCGUCGAUGUCGCUCAAAUUCGGCAAGCCAACACCUCUGAGGCCCUGAACAGAGAAAUUCGUUCCUGUUCCACCACCCGAGCCGACGGAGAAGAGAAUAGCCCAUGGUCCUCACUGAAAAUUUCAGGCUAUGGGACAGCCGAGAAAAUUCCUGGAUACACCCGGUGA